GCCGGGGGGAGGUGUGUGGGGCGUGGCGGGGCCUGGUCCUUCCCGGAGUAAGAUGGCGGCCGUGGCCGCUUUGAGGAGCGGCUACCGGAGCGCGGGGCGCCUGGUUUGUGUUCACCACUUUAGAUCGUGCAGCAGCAUUCAGUUUAUAAAAUCAAAAUAUGUGUGCCUGUUUGACAAAUCUGCCUUCAAGUUUAGUCGUCAACAGCGAUUAUUCAGAACAUCUUCUGUUUCAUGUGGCCAAAUUGUUCAGUUUAAGCUUUCUGACAUUGGAGAAGGGAUUACAGAGGUGACUGUGAAAGAAUGGUAUAUAAAAGAAGGUGAUAGUGUGUCUCAGUUUGAUAGCAUCUGUGAAGUACAAAGUGAUAAAGCUUCUGUUACUAUUACUAGUCGUUAUGAUGGCAUCAUUAGAAAACUCCAUUACAAUUUAGAUGAAAUUGCUUAUGUUGGAAAACCAUUAGUGGACAUUGAAAUUGAUGCUUCAAAAGGUGUUGCCCCAGAAGAAGAUGUUGUUGAAACACCUGCAAUGUCUCAUGAAGAACACACUCACCAAGAGAUAAAAGGUCAUAAAACAUUGGCAACCCCUGCAGUUCGUCGUCUUGCCAUGGAAAACAAUAUUAAAUUGAGUGAAGUUGUUGGGACAGGAAAAGAUAACAGAAUCCUUAAGGAAGACAUACUCAAUUAUUUGGCCAAGCAGACAGGAGCUAUUUUACCUCCAUCACCAAAGGCUGAAAUUAUCCCACCUUUGCCAAAAUCUGAGACAGUGUCAGCUGCUACAAAGGACAAAGCACGAAAAAUUCCUGUACCUGUUUCCAGACCCAUUGCAUUUUCAGGAAAAGAUAAAACUGAAGCUAUAACAGGUUUUCACAAGGCAAUGGUAAAGACUAUGAGUGCAGCCUUAAAGAUCCCUCACUUUGGUUAUUGCGAUGAGAUUGAUUUGACUCAGCUUGUUCAGUUGCGAGAAGCGCUGAAACCUCUAGCACAAAGUCGUGGAGUUAAGCUUUCCUUUAUGCCCUUCUUCAUAAAGGCAGCUUCUCUGGGAUUAUUGCAGUAUCCUAUUCUUAAUGCUUCUUUGGAUGAAAGCUGUCAAAAUAUCACAUACAAGGCUUCACACAACAUUGGAGUUGCUAUGGACACAGAGCAAGGUUUAAUUGUCCCAAACGUGAAAAAUGUUCAAGUCUGUAGCGUAUUUGAGAUUGCUUCUGAAUUAAAACGUCUACAAUCCCUGGGCUCUGCAGGCCAGCUGGGAACAAAUGACCUCACGGGGGGAACAUUCACCCUUUCAAAUGUUGGCACAAUUGGUGGCACUUACACCAAACCAGUGAUACUACCUCCUGAAGUAGCUAUUGGAGCGCUUGGAAAGAUACAGGUUCUUCCUAGGUUUAACGGAAAAGGUGAAGUAUUUAAAGCACAGAUAAUGAAUGUGAGUUGGUCAGCUGAUCACCGCAUUAUUGAUGGAGCUACAAUGGCCCGGUUUUCUAACUUGUGGAAAUCUUAUUUGGAGAACCCUGCUUCAAUGCUGCUAGACCUUAAAUAAAGGAAAUUAUGGGUACAAUAUGCCUUUAAACUUUGUGAAUUAGACCGAAUAAAAGCUGGGUGUGCUAGCACAUACCUGUUGCUACUCACAUUAUAUAAUUAUUUUAUGUGGUUAAAAGUUCUCAACAGCUGAUACCAGUCUAUCAGUUAAUUGUUACAUUCUUUUAAAUCAAAUUACUACUGUUGUAAUUUCUUCUACAGCAACCUGCCAAACUUAAUAGGUCAUGGCGUGACUCCUGAAUAUCAUGAUGGAAAGUCUUUAUUUUGACUUUUAUGAUAUAUACUGAUGUUAGGCUAAUGUAACUGAAUGACAGUGAUCUAUAUGUCUGCAAUAUUUUUAAAUUGAUUAACCUGUUUCAAAGGGAAAUACUCACAGUUCUUCCUUGUUGGACAAACACAUUUAUUUUAACAAAGACAGAAGGUUAUAUCCAAGUUCCUGAAGAAGUUAUGCAAGAAUCAUGUACAAAUAAAAUGCCUUUUAUGCUUA